AGAUGAAAGCUCUCGAUUACUUGGAAUCUCUCCUCUCAGUCUGCACCACGCGUUGCUAAAUCGUAACAUUGUGACUGGAACCAGAUCUCAUCACAGUGUCUACGUGAAACCUGUGGGUAUGGAAGAGGCACACAGCCGAAGGGACUGUCUGGCCAUGUUGCUGUAUGCAAGGUUGUUUGAAUGGCUUGUAAAUUUCAUCAACCAUCAAAUCAAAGCCACACAGUUUGACAGAAGCAUUAGUUUGCUAGACAUCUACGGCUUUGAAGUGUUCAGUAUUAAUGGCCUGGAGCAGUUGUGCAUCAAUUAUGCAAAUGAGAGAUUGCAACAACACUAUGUGACCUAUUUUCUACGAGAUUUACAGACAGAAUAUGAGAUAGAACGUAUUCCUUGGAGCUGUGUCACGUACAGAGAUAAUAAAGCUUGUGUUGAAUCACUGGAUGGACCAGCUGGUGUCUUUGGUGUUCUCAAUGAGGAUAACAUUCCAGCUGAACUGUUUUCACUUCUGGGUACUAGUGAGAACAGUUUUGUCCUCAAUCUUUUCUCCGAUGAAGAAUUUUCACAAACUGAGCAGUCCUUGACACUGGCUAAGGUUAAAAAGAAGAAAACUGUGCUGACCAAGUUCAAGAGCUCCCUGGACGGCCUCAUCUCCAGCCUGCAGCGGUCCGACACCCACUACAUCCGAUGUAUCAAACCCAACUCAGGUAACCAGGCUGACCACUUUGACAGGCCUUAUGUGCUGCAACAGCUUCAGGCUUGUGGAGUUCUGGAGACAGUGGAAAUCUGCCGCAUGGGCUAUCCUGCUCGAAUGGUGUACCAGGAUUUCAUUCAUCGAUAUGGAGUGUUUACAAAGCUCCAAAGGUUAUUUUCUUGCCGGGGUCCCCAUGACACAUCAUCAUCCUGUUGCAGACAUGAGAAGGGGCAGUGUUCGGAAGAGGAUGUCAAGGAGAAUCUGGAAACAUUCUACCAAAGAAUCCAGUCCCAUUUGUCGUAUCAUGAUGGGCACGAGUUUCACAAGGAACACAGGAGGCUGAGAAAACGAUCAGAACUCAAGGUAUGUGCCCGGACCUUGAUGGUUGCAUUCGGCCUCAAGCAGCUUCAGGAUUGUCACCUACAGUUUGGUCUCCACAAGAUAUUCCUCACACAAACACAGUUGGAAUAUCUGGAGCAGACAAGAGCAGGUGUGAUCUCAGCUUUAGUGACCAAGCUGCAGGCCACCUGGCGCAGGGUUCGACAGAGACAGCGGUUCUGUCAGCUCAGAGCAGCAGCCAUCACAUUGCAGACAUGUUGGAAAGCACGUGUGACUAGACACCAGUUUAAUCACAUGAGAUCAGCAGUCCGGCAGAUACAGCGGGCUUGGAGGCUACACAGGAUGAGACAAGCCAUGAAACACUUGUUGAAAUCUUCACACAUAAUCAAGAAAUUUGUAAGUCACUGGGUCAGAUGGCGGAGAUUUCGGACAUCUCUGGAGAAGCUUAGACAGAGACAGAAGGAAAUCCAACUGGAACAGACAGACAAGUUGGACGCUAUAAGUCAGACAGAAAGUUUGACAGAGCUGUGUUCAUCAUACCUGGAUCCACAGGAGUCCCUGCACACAAACAUGGAAGUCAGUGAAUCUUUAGGCCGCACUGAUCAUGGCUGCUGCAUGGAACAUGACAAUGACUCCAGCGGACACUGGUCGGAUGAUUCUGGUGUCAUGAUAAAAGAGGACAACCCACCGCCAAUGAAGAAACUCAAAGUGAUGUUCAGAAGUGAUCUUCGGAUAGGAAAUGGCAUCAUUACCUGUCGACGGUUAACUAAACCCGGCUACCGGUUCCAUGUCCGCAAGGGUGUCCUAAAAUACAGUCAUGUAGUUCACUACAGUGAGCUUGUCCAUGGCCUUCCUGAUGCCCUGCCAGAGAGGUCUGCCAGUGAUGCUAGCAGCCAUCUGCUGCCAGAGACUUGUAACAUUGGAGACUGGGCCUGA